UAGAUGUCCCACGUGAAGAUCUUGCGAUUCAAUCAAUGCACGAGUGGAAGGAUGGUCAAGCUGUUUCGACGCUGGGGCUGGUUUGGGAACCCGCCAACGAUUCGUUUUCCUUCAAGGUUGGCCUUCCACAACCAGCUGAAGUAUUAACGAGAAGCUUGAUCUUGUCGUACACGGCAAGCAUAUUCGACCCACUUGGUUUGUUGGGUCCGACAAUCAUCAUCGCGAAAGUCUUUCUACAACGUUUGUGGAGUUUGAAGGAGAAUGGAAAGGCUUGGGAUUGGGAACGUGCACUGCCCGGUGAGCUUCAACAAGAGUGGAGAAGCUUUCAUUCAACGUUAUAUUCGCUACGCGAAUUAAGAGUGCCACGUUUUAUCUCCCAACCUACAACGGUCAGCUUGCAAUUGCACGUCUUCGCUGAUGCGUCACAAAGUGCAUAUGGUGCGUGCUGUUAUGUACGCGCAGAAUCGACGGACAACAUUGUGACGGUGCAAUUGUUAGCAGCGAAGUCGAAAGUGGUUUCAUUGGCGAAUACGCACUCGAUCGCCAGGUUGGAAUUGUGCGCCGCACGAUUAGCAACCCAACUGUUCCAGAAGGUGAGUCGAACGUUACCGGCAUCUACGAUGGCCUUUUGUUGGACCGAUUCAAUGACGGUAAUGUAUUGGCUGGAUUCUCCACCACGUCGAUGGAAACCAUUUGUCGCCAACCGAGUGGCGCAGAUACAGGAAGAAACGCGGAUAGCUGAGUGGCGUCACGUUCCUGGUUGUGAUAAUCCAGCAGACGACAUAUCACGGGGUCUGAAGCCGGAGGAGCUGCUUAAUUGUGAACGUUGGUGGCAUGGGCCUCGUUGGUUGGCUUACAGUCAUGAUGCAUGGCCAAAUCAUCCACCAGCAGUGAAGGAGAAUGACGGUGUCAUCGAAGAACGGGCGACGGCGUCACGGAUUGUCACAGUUUCUACGAGGUGUGAGUUCCGUGACAAACUGUUCGAGCGAUACUCAUCAUACUACAGGCUGAGACGAGUUGUAGCUUAUUGUUUACGCUUCAUGGAGUGCAUCAAGGGAGCCAACAAAUCAUCGAGAGUAAGCUGCAAGGAUGCGCCACACAUCGAGGAGAAGAGUGUUCCACCGCUUACAGCCACGGAACUACGUCGGGCCGAACUGAAGUUAUGCCAGUUAGCCCAAAGGGAUUCGUUCGCGGAGGAGCUAAAGGUUUUAGCUCAAGAGAAGCAUGUUUCCGACAAAUCGAAGCUGAAGUGGUUGUCACCGUACAUCGACCAUACUGGUGUGUUACGCGUCGGUGGCCGGCUCGGAAAUGCUGAUCUUCCAGAAGAAGGACGACAUCCAGCGAUUCUCUCGGCGAAGCACCCACUAUCGGUGUUAUUGGCAGUGGCGUAUCAUCUUCAACUGUUGCAUGCUGGACCGCAACUGUUAUUAGCAACACUUCGUCAAAGAUUCUGGUUGAUUGGUGGGAGGAAUCUCGUUAAGGCUGUUUACCACCGGUGUCACGUUUGUUUCAAAAACAAGCCGACUCUCGUGAAACAAAGUGUUGCUGACCUACCAACGUCGAGAGUAUCACCGACCAGACCUUUCUCGAUCAGUGGAGUGGACUACUGCGGGCCGUUUAUGCUGAAAUCACCCGUCCGCAAUCGGAGUCCGACGAAGGCGUACAUCGCAAUCUUUGUUUGCUUCGCGACUAGAGCCGUACACAUCGAGCUAGUGAGUGAUUUAACUACUACGGCAUUUCUGGCAGCACUACGUCGUUUUGUGGCACGCCGAGGCAAGGUGUGCGAGUUACACUCCGACAACGCGACAACGUUUAAGGGAGCUGCCCACGAGCUGCAUCGCGUGUACGAAAUGCUGAAGAAGAACGAUGACGAUCGCCGGUCUAUCAUCAAUUGGUGUUCGUCCAACGAAAUGGAAUGGAAGUUCAUUCCCCCAAGGGCCCCUCACUUCGGCGGAUUAUGGGAAGCGGCAGUCAAGUCGGCUAAAAAACACAUUUUACGCACGAUAAGUAUAACAAGUAUCGCCCAAGAAAGUAUGCUUACACUUAUUGCUCAGGUGGAGCAAUGUUUAAAUUCCCGUCCUUUGACCCCUUUAUCCGAUGAUCCUUGCGAUUUAGAACCAUUAACCCCAAGUCAUUUUCUAAUCGGCAGCAACAUGCAAGCAAUCCCGGAUGUUGACAUACGACACCUUCCGACCAACCGACUCAAGGAGUACCAACUCGUGCAGAGGCACGUGCAAACGAUCUGGUCCCGAUGGUAUCCGGAAUACAUCCAACAACUCCAAGCCCGAGCCAAACACAUUAACAACGCACCGGUUAAGCUGGAGAUCCAUCAGCUGGUUAUAAUCAAGGAAGAUAAUCUUCACCCGACUGUUUGGCCAAUGGGGCGCAUUACGGCGCUGCACCCGGGCAAGGAUGGUGUCGUGCGUGUAGUUACGCUACGUACGGCAGGGGGGAAACAAAUUGUUAGAACAGCUAAUCGUUUAGCUUUGUUACCACGACCAAUCGAUACAAACGAGGGAUUUGUGUAACCACAUGGUGCACUAAUAAUGUAAACAAACACUGAUACCGACCCAAGCGAAACGUCAAAUUACGUAUAUAUUAGCGAAUAGGAUACUGGUUAGCAUGUUACAUGAAGAAAAACAACGAAUUUGCAGAAAUUGAAAAGAAUUCUCUUUUGGUGGCCGGAAUGUAGAAAAUGCAUGAAAUAUUAAUUAUUACACGAAAUAUGGUAAAGGAACAACACUAUAAGCAGAUAGUAUAAAUUGACGCACACGAACGAACUUAGAAGUGAAUUAAGGGGAAAGUGACUUGACCAAUGGAUGAACUAUGUAAUCGAAUAGGAUGAACUUGUAACCGGACCAGUGAAUAAACAGUAUGAAAUUGUAAGUCGAGCGCGCAGCACUACAACUCUUUAACGUCCGUCUGAUAUCACAAAAAUCACUCCCAACCAGUGAUAAUAUUCUACACAAACUUUGCACGAUAUGGAAAUCCUACACCCUCCGUGGAUAGCUUGCUGCAGGGCACUGUCUGGCGACCGCUCAGUUCGGGAACAAUCGAUGCGACGCUUAAUAUUGGACACGAUCUCGUGAUGGAGACGAAUCCGAUUGCUAGCCGAUUCAAUCAGUGGCAACAGCUAGCUCAGCAGUAUGGAAACAAUAUAUUUCGAAUCUAGACACUCUUGAUCGUACGGAGAUCGCAGCGGAUUAAUUUUUUUUCAAGAAAAAAAAUUGUAUCGUCUAUCUUUAAAUAAAAACAUCUUGAAGUACAA